AUGAGCGAGAAAGCUUUCCCUAGAAAGUACUCGGUAGGAGCUCAGCUAGGUAUAGGUGUUAAGAGUGCUGCUCUUUACAAUCCUAGUAAGGGAAAGAUCGAAAACAGUGAGUACGGAUGGACAGAGGCGUAUGACGAUCAAUUGGCUAUAGACUUGAGUAAGUUGAGAAUCUCUGCCGACCGCUGUAUGGUGGAUGGUUUAUCUCGAACUAUUCAAACAGACGAGGUAAUAGACGAUGGUUAUUUUGUUGACGAUGAGGAUGAUGAAGAAAGUUAUGAAGAUAGCGAAGCUGACGAGCACUGGAAGGAAAUUCUACUUUCGAGGUUAAGUUGGGAGUCCCUGUCGCCUGUUAUUCCCCGCAAUUUCCAGUACUUUAAAGAGGUCGAGCUUAACAGGGAAUACAUGUACGAUAUCAAGAGUAAACUCAAUUCUCCGCACGACUUUGUACCAGGAAAUUUAAUUACAGAUUUGUCUCGAAGUGAUCUAAUCUCUAGUGGGCAAGCCGGGACUCAGUUGAAGACGAAGGGCGCAACCUCCUACGAUCCAACAGUGGGUCCCUUGUUCAUAACUGGCGAAAUCCAGACAAUACCAGAUUUGAGAAAUAACAUCCAGCCACGCCGCAUACUAGUAUAUAGCAGUGGAAAGGCCAAUUCCCUUUUGAACAUCGCUGUGGCGGACGAGAAGAGGAAUGAUAAGGAAAAUGUUUCAUUCGAUCAGAUUAGAAGCUCUUGUUGCGUGGAAAUGGCGUCGGCUAUUAAAAGCGUCAAGAUCUCAAAUUUAUCAGGAAUGCUUGGCAGGAAAAGCGAUUUGAUAGGAGUAAUGACGGAAAGCGACCUUCAUAUGAUAAAGAUUGAGAACAUCAGUUCUCACCAUGACAUAAAAAUAAGCAUGUGUGAGCCACUUCCAUUCAAGCAUUUUGGCGAUUUUCCUUUCGCUGAUUUUGCCUUCAAUCCCUGGGAUCUUCGGCAGUUCGCAGUAGUCGAUGUGAAGGGCAACUUUGGUCUUUGCCAGAUGCCGAAGUCAUUCAAGGCUGGCGGUAGGUGUCAGGUCUCGAAAGACAAUUUUGGUACCAUAUUCGAUCCCGAAGAACUCUCAAAUUGGCGGAGGAUCGAGUGGUCGUCGUCAUUCACAAGGUUACUGGUUAUGGAUAGGUCGAAAUUAAUCGAGCUAGAUCUCGCUCAUGAUUGGGAGCUUGAAAUAAUACAAGCAAAGACGUGGUCGAGAUUACUUGAUUAUCAUAGACUGGACGAUGAUUAUGGUAUUUUACUGACUAGCAGAGAAAUCAUCCUCAUAAGCACGAAACAAAGCAAUGAGCACCUGACCAGAGAGAUAUCUUGGAAGCAUGAUCUGAAUCCCGAAGAUACAACACUAAGGCUUUGCGUGCAAGCCAUUAAGCCGGGCGGGAACAAUCUACUACUUGCCUGCAUCUUUUCGAGAAAUCACUCCCAGAUUUAUGUCCAAUGCUUCUCAUUGAAUGACAGAAAAACCUCCAUAAAAUUAGGAGGGAGCCCUGUUCUUCUACAGGUACCGCACGUUACAGCAGGUCUUAAAGGUGUUUGCCUUUAUGACCGCUCAGUUGAUGACGCAGUCGAGAUUUCAGCAGUCAACUCUCAGCCAAGCAUGCAAUUAAGCAUGUUUAUUAGUGAGACGGAGAGCAGGACAUUCUGGCAUUAUAUUGUGACUAGCGGCGAUCUGCCGAUCAACCAAAAUGUGGGCUUGAACUCCAAGUUCUCGAACAGCCGCGUAGUUUGUCAGAAAGACGAAUCAUAUUUCCCACGUAACGUCCCAAGCUUGGUGACAAGGGUCCAUCAGGCUACAAGGUUAAUUGCGAACCCUGAGAGAAACGCAACGCCCGAAAGCGAAAUGUUUCAAACCUAUGGCUAUCAACUGUCUGAAGCCAUAAAUAAGCUUUUGCCAACCUGGGCUGACUCCGAGAAAUCCUUAGCACAACUCCAGUCGCCUAUACGGCACCUGGCAACGGUACCGAAUGACAUUCACAAUCUCUCUGAAUUUACUUCUUUAUUGCAGCAACUAUCUCAACACUACACAGAUCAGGGAUUGAUGUUCACAAGCUUCAAGACAAUUUCAUCUCUGUUGCUGCGAGAGGCUGCUGAAGACUUGGAUAUAUUUUACAGUAAGUUAUUGCAGUGUUGGGAUUUAGUAACGACCAAUUCGGAGGCACUUACUAGGUGUGUCAUAAGAGACGCGGUUAUGAGCACUCUUCACUUUUGGAAGCCCUCGCUGUAUAGUGCAGUAGAGGAGAAAUUGCGAGAGUCUCUAAGUGGAUCGCAUCGAGAAAUCGUUGAUUCAUGGACCGAGGAAGACCUCCCGACCACUAUGACCCAAGAGAGCUCAGCUACAUUUGACCAAUCCCAGCUUUUCCAGGGCAGCCAGUCCCAAAUUCCUACAAUUAAAGCCUCGCAGGCUCGUUCCUCCAAGCGGACUAAGAGAACAGCGGCCGGCCUGACUUCUGGCAAAGUAUUGAAGGUCGCCUAUAGCCAACCGCUCUUCAACAAAGAAAAUAUGGCUGCGCCUCCACUGCUUUCGGCGACCCACCUCCCUAGUACUCUUCCGGAGACAAUGACUCCAGCGUUUAGUUUGAUGCAACCAGCGGGCAGCUUCUCUCAAUCACAAAGUUCUCAGAGGUCGAAGCGAAAGAAGAAGGUGGGAGGGUUCGGCUGA